GUUGAUUGAGGAAUGAAGACAAAUACCCAUCAAGCUAUGUCUCUCACUUUCCUUCAUUAACUCAUUUCCAAAAAUAAUAUAUUUUGUAAAAUUCUCAAACUUUUUUUCUUUAACUUCAUUCCUUUUCACUACCAAAAACCUCCAAAUCCAAAAAAGACAGUGGUUAAUGUGCCAUUGGUGUUUUUGGUAUAUAGCUCUUGUUAAAAGUAAGAUCACCAAUGACGGCAUUAGAGAGUACGUUCAAGAACUCGGUGACUAACUCAGUGAGUCAAGAAAACAAGAAAGAGAAGACUAAUCUUGUUAGAGAUUCCGGUAAGCAUCCGGUUUAUCGAGGUGUCCGAAAGAGGAACUGGGGAAAAUGGGUGUCCGAGAUAAGAGAGCCGAGGAAGAAAUCUCGUAUCUGGCUAGGAACGUUUCCUUCACCAGAGAUGGCGGCGCGUGCACACGACGUAGCCGCUCUGAGCAUCAAAGGAGCCUCCACGAUACUCAACUUCCCUGACCUCGCCGGUUCUUUCCCACGGCCAAGCUCUCUCAGCCCUCGAGACAUCCAAGCCGCAGCUCUCAAAGCUGCACACAUGGAGAUCAUCAUGACCACCACCUCACAGUCUUCUACUUCUUCUUCAUCUUUUACGUUUUCGUCCUCACAGUCUACCUCUUCGCUGGAGUCUCCUGUGUCUUCUUCAGGGACAGGCUCUGAGGAGCUAGGGGAGAUUGUUGAGCUGCCGAGUUUAGGAUCGAGCUAUGAUGGCACGACUCAGCUAAGUAACGAGUUCAUUUUCUCUGACCCGGCAGACUUUUGGGUUUAUCCACCUCAACAGUUGUUAGAAGGUGAUUAUGAGAUGUUUCCUGGCUCAUUUUCACAGGAUUGGGAUCUUUCAGGACUGUUUAAUUAUUAAGUUAUAAUCGUAUAAAAACCUGCUUGUAAUGAUGUGUUCAUUAACUACGUUUUAGCGAACCCUA